AUGGACCCGAGCCGGGCCGGAGAGUUCCGACUGGCGCUGCGGGACACGAGCGGAAACCGCAGCGUGUUCAUCGCGGAGUUCGACCUGCGCUCGGUGCAGUACGAGGUCAAGUCUCCUCGCUGCCACGAGAUGCGUCUCGCCGCGCCGCCCCACGACUGCAUCCGCUUCAACUUCCGCUGCGACCGCGAGGCAGAGGAGUGGGCCACCGUGGUGAUGUCAUCGCUGAGAGAGGCUCUCAGAGGUCAGCGGGGCCGUUUCUCUAUCGCCCGACCUGCUUUGGUCAUGACCCACCGUUUCCUGUUUGGGAGAAAACAUGUCGAACUUAAAUUUGCAAACAUCAACAUGUGUGAGUCGGAAGCCUCGAGACUCAACGACGCGGCGGAGCCGCGCGACUCGGCCUCGCUGCCGCUCACCGAGGAGCUCUGCUUGGAGCUCGCCAGGGCGAUCGAAGCCGGCGACGCCGCGGCCGCCUCGCUGCACGCCUCCGCUCUGGCUCGGCAGAAAGCGGCGCUGACGGUGCAGCUGUCGGAGAAGAACUACGCCGAGGGAGCUGUCGGUCUCUCCGUGGUCGUGGAGGACGUGUCGUCGUCCUGCUGCGUCACCGUGAAAGUCUUCCCCUUCAUGACCGUCGCUGCCCUCAAGCAGCAGGUGUUCCUCGAGUACGGCUUCCACCCCCGCGUGCAGCGCUGGGUGAUCGGCCAGUGCCUGUGCACCGAGCCGAGGUCGCUGGCCUCCUACGGCGUGCAGAAGGACGGCGACGCGGCGUACCUCUACCUGAUCUCCGCCCGGCAGGCCCGCGUCACCCGCCAGCUGUUCCAGCAGGACCUGGAGAGCGCCCUCUUAGCCCCGCCUCUCCCGCCGGGCAACGGCCCCGCCUCCCAAGACUGGAGGGGCUACAGCACGUUGCCCUCCAGGCUCACCCACAACAACCAGGGCGAGUUCGACACACGCGUAGUGACCCUUUCUGUCGCGGUCCUGUGACCCCGCCUUUGGGAUUUAAAAGCGUUAACUUGAGGUCAAGGCGCCAUAUUGGUUUCCCCGACCUCAAUCCAUCUGGUGCGUUCUGAUUGGCUGAAGAUGAGAGACUUCACACAGUCAUUAACGGCAACAUUUAAAAUAACAUGGCAUGUUUUAUUACUUUAUUAUUUAUCGUGAGAUUAUAUUUGAUUGACUUUUUAGUAGAAACACCAGAUACAAAUGUUACUGCCCAAAAACCGUCCGACUCAUUGUAAAUACUAGAAAGAAAGCGCGGCUCUAUUAACUUGUUUUUCGGCAGGUAGAGGAAGCGACAGACCGGCUGCUAUCAGAGACGUCCUCGACAUUGAGAAUCUGCAGCUGGGUGAUCACACCAAUAAAGCCAGUAAAGCACAGCAGACUGAGUGGGCGUGUCCCUCAUGCACUUUCAUCAACAAGCCGUCCCGUCCAGGCUGCGAAAUCUGUGCCACGGCCAGACCGGACGCACACAUCCAGCAG